UCUGGCUGGCGCGGGUGGUGGCCACGGGGAUGCGGGGGCGCGGCCGCGCGCACAUCGAGCCGACGCAGAAGAUGAUCGCGGGGUUGCGCCAGGCACGCUCCAAAUCUCACUCCCAGGAAGGAGUAGCUCCUAAGAUCAGCAACUUGUCAAGUUAUGCACAGAAGCGUGUUAGAACAGUCCCUGUGAAUCAUCUAGCUGCUAUCCCUGAGUGGAAAACUGCUGCAUCUGAAGCAGAUGCUGAUGAUUACAAAGCUGCAACCUUAGCAAAACUGGGCACAACUGUCUGUCGCCUGAACAUAGAUAUCCCAGCCAGUGAUGAGUCAGAGAAGAUGAGGAAAGAAGUGGUGGACAGGUGCAGGUGUUCCCAUCCAGGAUCCGAGGACUGUGUACGCGUUCAUGUCGGCAAGGCGAGGAGCUGGAUCAAGGAUCAGUUGGGUGAGGAAGCUUUCAGAAACUGCGGGCUUGAUGCGAUGGGUGAGCAAGUUGCAGAGUUAUGGGCUUCAGUUGACAGAAAGAAACUCGAAGAUCUUGACAAGUUGGUUCCACAGAAUAAACCCCAGAAGUUCAUGGAGACUGCCUUGAAGGAGCUAGGACAAAAGGAAACAAAGGAUCUUGCAAAGUACUACUACAAUGUUUUUCUUCCCAGAAGAUUGGCAAGCUUGACCAGGGCAGAGCAUAAAAAUGACGAAGCUGUUGACUGGGAGGAUGAAAAGAGUGACCAAGAGGAUGACAGGAACGACCGUUCGCCUCGAAAGAAGAAUAAAACAUCAGGAUCUUCUUCUUCCACAAGGUGCAGGAAGUAGAAGAUCCGGGAGGACUUCGACGAGUGAGCCAACAGUCACAGUGCAGCGGAAGACAAAUCGGUACCGUACCUUCAUUUGCAGUGGGAAGAGGAAUUAGGAAACUUCAGAAAGCUGUUCUUCGUGUUAGGAGUCUGGAGGCAAUCAACUGGAAGUACUCGAAAGAUUGUACAAGUAGAUGAUUCUGUCCUUAGUUACUGGCGGUGUGGUGGCGAACACCUGAAGCACCGAGUGAACACAUUGUUCAUGAGUUUUGUUGUUGUUAUCAGAGAGUGGAUAUAGAAACCUUGCCAGAAAUAUACGUACA